AUGGGCGAGACCAACGGCGCCGGUACCUCCAGCACGCCUCUCCACGAUCUAUCCAAUGCUACCGCCACAACGCAGGUGCGUCCCGGCGGCGCUCCGGCACGCGUGUAUCUGAACGAGAAGAUUGUGCCGCAUCUGCUCGAGGGCAUGAAGUCCGUUGCUAAGGACCAACCCUCUAACCCACUGCGUGUGCUGGGGGAAUUCCUUCUUCAGAAGAGCAAUGAACUUGAAGGCGGUGCGGGGGAUGCGAAGAAGGAUUCGGAGUAA